CAAGUUCUGUUGAAGAAAUGAAGAUGGUGUGUUAUGGCAAGUUACUGUAGUAGGAGAAGGCUUUCGCCCCUCCCUCUCGGGCACUGGGAGAAAUACUUUGAUAUCAUCGGUUAGCGUUUCAAGAAGGAAAUACAUAUUUUGACGAAUCCACACGGUUUAACCCAUGAGACUCUCAGAGCCCAAGAAUGAACCAAGGGAGCAUUGCUUGUUUGUGGACCGCCUUGCCUCAGCACUGCCCUGCACCAUGUGACCGUUACAAGCAUGCUUCAUGCGCCCACAGAGGACAUGUCUACUUACUGGGAGGCAGAGAAAAAUGCUCACAGAGAGAUUUCUGGAAAUAUAAUGUGGCAUGUAACAAGUGGGCUGAGAUUCCCUGUAAUUGCGAGGAGGCACCUGAAGAACUGGAGGAGCAUACCAUGGUAGGACAUCAGGGAUUUCUUUACGUCUUUGGGGGAAUGCAAGAUUCAGCAUAUAGCAACUCAAAAAUACCUCUUUGGGUCUUCGAUACAGUUAGUGAAUGCUGGAUUAACUGGAAAACUGGGAUUGAAACUGUACAGGGAACGACACCAGCAAAUAGGAAAGGGCAUAGUGCAGUCACCUUUGGGUCAUUUAUGUAUGUCUAUGGUGGAUACGUUGAUAUAAGAGGGUCAACAAAGGAAUUCUGGAAAUUUAAUUUUGAUUCCAAGGUGUGGUCGCAACUUAGCAGUGUACAUGGUGGUCCUGGUCCCAGACAUGGUCAUUCAGCUAUUACACACCAGGAUUGUAUGUACAUCUAUGGUGGCCUUCAGGGUCUGAGAGAACAGAAAGACCUGUGGAAAUGGAGUUCUACCAGUCAAACCUGGAGCUUCAUCAAAUGCUAUUCAGGUCCCUCAAGGCUAGUUGGCCACACUGCUGUGUUGUUUAAAGAAAGCAUGCUUGUCUAUGGUGGAGGAGAAACCCAGAGUUCACCUCAGAAUAGUUUGUGGAGUUUUAACCUCACUACAAUGACCUGGAAGAAGCUUCCACUCCUAACUGGAUCUACCUCUCCGUGUCGGAUCCAUCACUGCAGCAUUGGUCUAGGUCCCGGUUUCCAGCCCACUGCCCCACACAGUGUCCAUUCCAGAGAAAUACCCAACUCGCACAACAUCAAUAACAAGCGAAGACCCUUUAAGAACAAGUGCUUACCCACAUUGCAAGAAAAUGGCAUUGAACUCCAAACUCUCCAAACGGAAAAUAGGAAGUGUUUGCCCGAUUUCAGUAUUGCACUGAAAGAAGCUAAGAUAAAAUGCAGCUGUCUCACAUUUGAGAACCAGGAGGCUGUUUGUGAGAAAUGGAAUAGUGGUCAACUGGCAGAAGAAACAGAGGACGCCAUGCUUCUCCAUAUGCCAGACUUGCUUUUAGUCCUGGGAGGUAAACCUUUACAAGGACAGCAUGGGAUUUCAGUGUGGCAUAUGACAAUGGCAUAAAUGUUAAAGGAGGAGAUUUCAGUUAUUUACGGUGUCUGUUACUUUCUCUGUGAGAAAUGAGACUUUAGUAAUAAUAUCCACAAGCCUGUGGUAGAAUGGUUGUAUUAAAAUGGAAUUCAGUCUUGUACUAACUCUAUAUAGCAUCUGUCAUUAUUACAUUAGUUUUACACGGUUUUCAUAUACAAACAGGGUAAACUAUUAACUUAUACGGGGGGUUGAAAGUUUCACUGAAAGGGAAUAUGAGUUUUUUCUAUCUUCUAUAGAAUUUGUACAUUAUGUUGUCAACAAUCACUGACGAAUUGGCUCUUAAAGCAGCAAAGUUAGAGCCAGUAUUAUUUGUUUAAAAAUGUUUUAACAUAAUAAAUAUAUUUG